CACUAAUCCACCUUUGCACGCGAAGGCUAGCUUCAUUCACCCUUCAGCUGGUAUCAAAUGGAUUCUUUGAUAGCAAAGGCGGACGCUAUCCAACCACUUUCCAAAAGACGCAAGUUAUCCAAGAGAAGCCAAGCUCCUCGAGAUGCCCGGCCGUCGAAAUCGAGUGCGCCUCAGGCCGACCCGACUGCAUCCUCAAUUACACACCGGACAGCCCUACCAAAGUCAUUACGACCCUCAUCACCUCUCCCCGAAAACACUCCUACCCACUCACAUAUCCCGAACAAAAAACUUCGAGCCGAGCUGAAUAGGCAGACGGCACAGAGUGUGCGGCGCAAGCAAUUGAUCGAAGAUGCAGCGGACUUGUUACUGGUGGACGAAGCUGGCAAGCUCGAGGUGGAAGGUGAUUUGGAUAGGACGUGGAGGCUGACGCAGGACGAGAUUGUCAAGGAGGCAGGUGCGGAGGCGGCCAAGGGGCGGAAAGAAUGGAAAUUGGAUGGGGGCCCGUAUAGGUCGAGGUAUACAAGAAACGGCCGACAUCUCGCGGUUUUGGGCCGCAAAGGCCAUGUCGCCACUUUCGACUGGCAAACCGGGACUCUACACACAGAACUGCAGCUGCAGGAAACAUGCAGAGACAUCACGUUCCUCCAUUCACAUACGCACUUCGCUGUCGCACAGCAAAAGCACAUAUUUGUGUACGACCAAGAUGGCGUCGAGCUGCACAAGCUCAAGUCGCACGUCGAGGCGACGAGACUCGAGUACCUCGACUAUCACUGGUUGCUCGCAAGCAUCACCACUGCCGGCCACCUACACUACCUUGAUACAACUAAUGGGCAGAUCGUCGCCGUGCACCAGACCACGAAGCACAAGCUCGGCACACCGAUCAGCAUGACCAAAAACCCGCACAACGCCGUCAUCCACCUCGGGCACCAGAACGGGGUUGUCUCGCUCUGGACACCCAACCUGCCGCACCCCGCCGUGCGCCUUCUAGCGCACCUGGGCCCGGUGCAGAGCAUCAGCGUCAGCCAUGGGAGCCAGGGCGAGGGCGGGCGGUACAUGGCGACGGCCGGGAAGGACGGGAUGGUGAAGGUGUGGGAUUGUAGGAAUUGGAAGGGCGCGGUGAGGAGCUGGCACCUGAGGAGUGCGGGGGAUGCGGAGUUGGAGUUUAGUCAGAGGGGCAUGUUGGCGGUGGCUUCUGGUGGGAGUGUGAACGUCUACACGAAACCCACGAUACCUGCAAUACCUGCACCAUCUUCACCACCGCCCCUUUACCUGACGCACCCCAUUCCCCAUCGACCUAUCACCUCCGCCCGUUUCUGCCCGUUCCAAGAUAUUCUAACCGUUGGCCACGACAAGGGGCUCUCGAGCAUCCUUGUCCCUGGAGCUGGGGAGCCCAACUUUGACAGCAGCGAGGCGGAUCCAUUUGAGAAUAAGAAAGGACGCAGGGAGAGAGAAGUCAAGGGUCUCUUGGACAAGAUUCCCGCUGAUAUGAUUGCGCUGGACCCCGAUUUCGUUGGCAGCCUCGCCCCCUCAGGCACGGCGGUUCCUCAAGACCAAGAUAUACCGUUCGCUCGCUUGCCUCGGUUGCAGCGCCUCCGGAUCCAAGGUAAAGCGGAUGAGACGGAGGCAGACGCCGAUGGGGGUGCGGACGACGAGGCGGCGGGUGGUACUGCCACUUCCAAGUCUAAGAAGGAGAAGGAGAAGAUGAAGAUGAGAGGCAGGAAUAAGAGCUUAAAAAGGUAUCUGCGGAAGCAGCGAAAGAAUGUUAUCGACCCUAAAGCGAUUGCCAUCCGGCAGAAGCUUGAAAAGGAAAGGGAAGAACGAAGGAAGGAACGGGAAAGGGCGAAGCUUGGGCCAGCGGCCGACAGGAAGCCAUCUGCAUUGGACCGCUUUGCGAGCAGUAAGCGUUGAGUACUGUAUCCGUAUAGGUUGCCAGUGCUCCAUGCCCGCGGUGGCAAUCUUGUGUCUCGUUAUCAGAUUGCGCAAUACACUUCAUGUGGGUUUCCUGGCAUCCAUGGUGUCGCUCACCAUUUUCAG